AAUCUCGCAGUCUAAAAUUCAGUUCACUUCAAACGCGACUUGAAGCCGGUUUUUGCGAAAGUCGAACCUUUUUUAUUCUACUUGUGAUUUCGUGGAAAUUUUGAUUGUUAUUCAAAAUGCGUUUCGCUCUGUUUGCUUUUCUAGCGCUCUGCUUGCUGGCAUUCGUCCUGGCUACUCCGGCCAAGGACACCAAGAAGCCGGCCACCAACAGCUGCCAGCAAAACUGCGGUGAAGUCUACGAGCCCGUUUGCGCCAAGGCCAAAAACAGCAGCAAGGAGCGUCUCAUCACCUUUGGCAGCCCGUGCGUCAUGGCCAACUACAAUUGCCAGCACGCCGACGAUCCAUUCGAGCAGAAGUCCAAGGGAGAGUGCGGUGGCGGAGUGAGCGUUCGUCUUUCUUAAGAACUGGAAGUCCAAUUUCAAAAACUUUUUCAAUUGAACAUCUUUCACUAAUGGUGCAAUAAAAUAUUCAUGUAUUUUUUAUUCCAA